AUGCUGGUGCAACACAAAAAAAUGUCAGAGGAUUUGCCAUAUGAAGUGAGAAGGGCUCAAGAAAUAAAUCAUUUAUUUGGUCCAAAAGACAGUGAAGAUUCCUAUGACAUCAUUUUCGACCUUCACAAUACUACUUCUAACAUGGGAUGUACUCUUAUUCUUGAAGAUUCCCGGAAUGACUUUUUAAUUCAGAUGUUUCAUUACAUUAAGGCUUCUUUAGCUCCGUUACCCUGCUAUAUUUAUCUUCUUGAGCAUCCUUCCCUUAAAUAUGCAACCACUCGUUCUAUAGCCAAGUAUCCUGUUGGUAAGUCAUAUUUCACAUUGUCACAACUAAACAAAAUAUGUCCUAAAUUUCCCCCUUGUGCUAUUGAAGUCUAUAAAAUAAUGGAGAAAGUUGAUUAUCCCAGGAAUGAAAAUGGAGAAAUUGCUGCUAUUAUCCACCCUAAUCUGCAGGAUCAAGACUGGAAACCACUGCGCCCUGAGGAUCCUGUGUUUUUAACUCUUGACGGAGAGACAAUUCCAUUAGGUGGAGACCGUACUGUGUACCCGACGUUUGUAAAUGAGGCCGCAUAUUAUGAAAAGAAAGAAGCUUUUGCCAAGACAACUGUACUAACACUCAAGGCAAAAAGUAUCCGCUCCUCUUUGCAUUAGACAUCACUUCCGGUGCACCUGUUAGGCAGUGUCUUGAAAAGCUCCGCCAGUCUGUAAGCCCCCAAAGGGCAGGGUUGCGCUGGAUUUAAUGUGCCUUAUUCAUAUCCCCAGCACCUCCUUCGGGGCCUUUACACAGUGGGCAUUUGGGCACAUUCUUGAAUGAAUGAAUAAAUUAAUUAAUGGAUAUCUUUUAAAGGUAGCAUAUUGUGGACAUAGCUUAUUCAAAGAGGUGUAUUAUUUCUAUAAAGCUUUUUAUAUAUUAUACUUUGAUUGUUUAACAUUCUUAAUAAAGUUUUUAAAUUCAAAUUUUUAAGUUGAAAUAGGUACUAUAUACAAAAACUUAUUAACUUGAGCAUAAAAUUAAAUAUAUUUUUAAGUAAUGUAUAAUGCUACUAGAAACCAAUGAUGCAGACUUACAGUUUUUAAAUUUUACAUAGUUGGAUGAAUGAUAAUCUAACCUAUGAACUUUAGUUGUAAUAUCAAUAAGAGAUUUUUAAGUGCUCUUUUGAAGAUUACAUGUGAAUGAGAAAUGAGGGCUGAUUGUAAAAGUGACAUUAUGAAUAAAUAAAAAUCUCUGAA